UCUUGAGUGUUCUCCAAAAAUGUUAUGCACACUAGAGGCGGACUCUUUUAUACAUCGAAUAACGGUGCUUCCUCCUAUAUAAACAUACAAUUCAUUAUCCAACUUCAAUUCUUCUCCAGUACUAAAACUAAUUAGCUCUGUUUUGAGUGAUUAGCAAUCAUGCAGGCCCCAGUCACAAGUAACCCAAACAAGAAAAAGAAAAGGCACUGCACUGUCAAAGGACUAAAGAUGCAGCCUGAAGGUGUCUCAUGCAAAAUCGGUCGGAGAGUGAAGGAGAAGCUUCGAAGGCUGCACUUCAAGAAUCUCUACUCGCGACUUGCUUCUCUCCUCCCACCUCUUGCCUCCCAGGAGAAAUUGACUUUACCUGCUCUAGUGGAGCAAUCUUUUGUUUAUCUGAAAGAUCUUAAGAAAAGGAUAGAUGAGCUGAACGCAAAAAAGGAAGAGCUGAAAGAAGAUUUGGUGCUACCAGCCAUUGAGAUGAGUGAAAAGGGUCCAAUUCUUGAAGUGAAUUUGGUUACCAGCUUGAAGAAGGGCUUCACGUUGCAUGAAGUCAUCAGCAUUCUUGAGGAAGAAGGUGCUCAAGUACUGAGCGCAAACUAUUCAACUUCGAAAAACAGGAUCUUCUAUACAAUUUCUUCCCAGGCAUACUCUUCAAGAAUCGGUAUAGAGACUUCAAGAGUGUACCAGAGGUUGAAGACACUAUCAGCUGCAGGAUUUGCUCCUCCAGCCCUAGGGGGAACUCUGUGUCCACUGCAAUUUGAAGGAUGAGGAUAUGAAUCAGUGGAUCAAACUGAUCACUAUUACGAGCACUGCAUGUUGUCUCUUAAAUGCUAGGGAAAUGUUAUUUGGAUUUUCAUUUUUGUUAAUCACAUUUCAAUUGUGAUUUUAAUCAUAUAGUUUUUAUUUAUUAGACUAUAUAAUAAAAUAAAUGAUAAAAGUGUAAGCAACAAAAAAUGGAGUGCAAAAUGUUAGUUUCCAUGCAUCUUG